AUGACGGAAGCCCCUGAAGAGACUCCAAGCCGGACCAUGGCUCAGGUCAUGAAGUUUCUACAGAAAACUGCUGAUGUGAGUUUUUUAAGUUUUUGCUUUGAUAAAAUUUGAUGUUCUAAGGCCAACAAUAUAACCGACCUGACAGACAUUACCUUGGCGAAGAUUCUGACCGACAGCGACUCUUUGAAACACUUGAGGGACCAGUUUCACUAUCCAAAGUGCGCAACUCUGCCUGAUGGUAGGAAAAUUUCAUUUAUUUUUUAGUUUCAUGAAUCCUUCUUUUUUAACUAUGAUUUUUCUCAUUAGCUUUUUUGAAAAUUAGUGAAGUGCUGAGAGAACAAGAGAGCACAGACAGGGCAGACUAUUCCAAGCCAAGUCGAGUUGAUCACAUGUUUACGUUUACAUUGGAUUUUUAACUAGAAACUAUUUUUUUUCGGUCGCAAUCAAAAUGGCUCGAAGCGUCACGUUUAAGUUGUAGUUGCAUUAAAAAAAAAAAAUUUACCUCGCUUUUUUAUGCCUCGGUGCGUAAGUCGUUUUUGGUCCGGCGCGUCUUAUUGCACGUUCAGCAAGUCUAAGUAUCUCAAUAGGCUUUCAAGUAGAAUGUUUAUAGGAGAGGAUUACGUAGAAAUGAAGAGUUUCUUCUAGAAUCCAUUUUUCAGUCGACCCCUCUCUAGUGGACCCUAACAGAGAUAGCAUCUACUUGUGCGGGAAUUCGCUUGGGCUCAUGCCCAAGCUCACCGAAAAGCUCAUGCUCGAGCAACUAGAUCAGUGGGCCAAGCUGUGAGUCUUAUUUAUUCAAAUUUGAAUAAACUAGUGGUCAUUUGAAUAUUCAGAGGAGUAUUCGGACAUUUGAAAUCGACCUUACCUUGGGCUCACGCCGAUGAAUAUUGUCUUGAAGACGUCGGAAGGCUCGUCGGAGCUUCCAAAGACGAAGUCGCCGUUUGUAAUGGCCUCACGAUUAAUAUUCAUGUUCUUUUGGUAAUUUUUUUUCAGUCAAAAUUUUGAAAUAUUUUAAAAUAAUGACUCCAUUGAUAAACUAAACUGAUGAAUUCGAAGACGGAGACAUAGCGGAAGCCGUUGUCGUCAACUUUAAGUGAUCCCUCAAGAAAAAAAAAACUCCACUAGAGUGACCACUUAAAGAAAACCGAGUGCUUGAUGAAGGAUGCUUGAUCGGUCCUCUUAAAUGACCACUUCAAAAAAUAAUUUCCGCUAGAGUGGCCACUUAAAAAGGACCGAGUGCUUGAUGAGGGAUGCUUGUUCGGUCCUCUUAAGUGAUCCCUCAAGAAAAAAAAAAACUUCACUAGAGUUACCACUUAAAGAAAACCGAGUGCUUGAUGAAGGAUGCUUAAUCGGUCCUUUUAAGCGACCACUUCAAAAAAAAACUCCGCUAGAGAGAUUACUUCAAUUAGACUGGCUAUUUCAAAACGCAAAGCGGACGCGUCGAGGAGGUUUCCAAGCUUCAUAGUGGUCACUUUAGCGGCGUCAGAACUCUUAAAUGAUCCCUAGAUACGCCCAGAAACGUCCGGAGCACUUCGGAAGGAUUGUCGUUUCCAAGAUUUUGGUCUCCAAGAUUUUGGUUUCCAAGAUUAUGGGACUUUAGAUCUGCGUACACAAGAUUACGGUCCUCGAGAUUUGCGGACUUGAGAUUUUGUCGUACCAUCCGGUUUCGUUUAUCAAUGGAGCAAACAAACCACAGUUUUUUCAAUUUUUUUAAAUUUUAGUUUGCAGCCAAUCUAUCUCACAAAUUAGAAAAAAAAGUCGUGCUUUUCAGGUAUUUUUUCUCAUAAUUUAAUUUUCAGAGCGCCUUCUACAAACCAACCGAAGAACGACAUCAGAUUCUACUGGAAUCAAAGGCCUUCCCAUCCGACCAUUACGCCAUCGAGUCACAAAUCAAACUCAAUGGGAGAAAUGUCGAAGAAAGCAUGGUUUUCAUCCCGGAAAAAUAAACUUUCAUGACUUAACCUAUGAUUGAAGGUCUGCCUGGAGCCACGAGAAGGAGAAUACACUCUCAGGACAGAGGAUAUUCUUGAGCAUAUCGAGAAAAAUGGCGAUAAAAUCGCCGUCAUCUUUUUGAGUGGGAUUCAGUACUACACCGGGCAGCUUUUCGAUAUUAAAGCCAUCACCGAAGCUGGCCAUAGAAAGGUUUGUCUUAUUUUCAUUACUUGGAAUCCUUCAGGAAGUUAGUUAGAAAAUAUUUUUUUAAAUUUUCAAUGGGAAAAAUGAUGAUUUAAUAAAAAUUUUCGAAAAUUUAAACUUCAUUUGUUUUCACAAUCUUGAUGUUAACCUGUAAUAUUUGGAUAAAUUCAGAGCUUGAACUUUUUUUUAGGAAAACCAAAGUGGUCACUGGAGGGGCUUUUCAAGCUCCCCUAUAAGGUGCACUAAAGCUUUUCAAAGUGGCCACUCUAGUGGUCCCUAAAGGCCUCAAACUUUCAAAUCAGAACAAAAAACUAAACGACCACUAUAGGGACCACUUAAGCUUCAGGGGCUGAGGGAUCUGAUUUUCAAUUUUUAAAGAGACCACUUAAAUUUUAGCCCUCUAGGGAGCACUAUUUUGCCCACUAUAGGCCUUUCUUUUUCUUAAACCCCUAUAGUGACCACUCUGACGUUCCUAAGGAUUUCAAUAAAAUCAAAGAAUUUUUGACAAUUUUUUCCAGGGCUGCCUGGUCGGCUGGGACCUUGCUCAUGCCUACGGAAACGUUCCUCUCCAUUUGCACUGGUGGGACGUCGAUUUCGCCUGCUGGUGCAGUUAUAAAUACGGCUGUACCGGCGCCGGUGGCCUGGCCGGUCUUUUUGUUCACGAGAGGUUGAGAUUCUCAAAAAUUCCGGCCCAAAAAAGGGAUUUUCAGGUUCAAAACUGACCAGCGACUGAGGAUGCUCGGCUGGUGGAGCCACAAAAUGUCGACCCGAUUCGAAAUGAGCAAUCGUGAGAUUUUUCGACCUUCAGAAAAUUCAAAUUGAUCUUGAGUCUGAAUUUCGUUUUUUUAGACUUUUUGAGUACUAAUCGUAAAUGUAGAAAAUUCAUCAAAAACUGAAAAAGCCUAAGUGGUCCCUACAGGGAUUUUUAAAUUACGAUUUGAAAGGUAAAAAGAAAAAGUUAAUCUAUUUUUUCAUGGCGUGUUCAUCGGACAAAACGAAAAUUGCUUCGAAACGCAAAACAUUGCUCCAAAACAAAAAUUAGUACUGUUUUUGAGCAACUUUGGCGCACCGAUGAACACAAUUUUUCGUUUCGAAGCAUGUUCCGUCUCUCCAAUGAACACGCCAUCAUUCAUUCACGGCGACACCAAAUCGACGCCACACUCACCAUAACGGCGGAAAAUAAAAUGUGUUGUACGCAAUGCACGCGAUGCAUAAAAAGCGACGCGUAAAAAGCGAGAUUGAACGUUUAUAGUAAAUAAAAUCAAUUUUAUGGCUGGUAUUCACCCAGAGAUCGCCGGAAAAAUUUCUAAAAUAUAAUUAUUCAAAAAAAAGAUCAUUGAAGAAGUGGAAAUGCUUCUUCUAAUAAAGUAUAUAAAAUAAAAAAACCCUUGAGUGAUCACUUUUUGCAAGUUUUAUUAAGAAGGGCUAAAGUGUUCCCUAAAAGCGGAGUCUUCAAGGGCAUCAAGUUGCCCCUAUAGGGACCGCUCUGGAGUGAACUCUUUUUCUCCCGGCGACUCUCUCAUUUUCACGGCCUAUUUUUUUAAAUCGGCGAGAAAAAAAGAGCGCAGAGAAAUAGGGAAUGUUCCAAGUGGCCGAAAUUCGAAUCUUACGUGUGUUUUUGGCUCUAAAAGAUUCAAAAUUUUGAAAAAUCACCUUCAAAACUGGAAUUUUGAUUCUAAAGACUUUAAUUUAGGCUACUGAAAUUCUCAAUUUUUUUCUGAUUUAGGAGCAACUUAUUUUCUAACAAAUAUCGCCCUUUUAGGUUUUUCGUUAGAAAUUAUAAAUGUUUUUACUCAAUUCCAGAAAUAUCCUAUAAAUAACUUAAUUUUUUUCCAGAACUAGACCUAGAUGAAGGCGCAUCCGGCUAUCGGAUUAGUAAUCCGCCAAUACACCUCGUCGUUCCUCUUAAAGCAAGCUUGGAGGUCAUUUUUCAGCCCUGAAAACAUAAUAAUGGUAUCCAGGUGUUCAAAAUGACGUCGAUGGAAGAUUUGCGGAAAAGAUCUUGCUAUUUGACGGGUUAUUUGGAGUUCCUGGUCAAGCAUUUCUUCGACAAGGACUCGGAACAUCGGUCAGUUGGGCUUUUAGAAUGGCUCGAUGCGUCGCGGUCGCGUUGCGGUCAGAAUCAACUGAAUAAAAAAUCGGUGCCUGAGUGUCGAGUAGGCUCCGCCCCUAUUGGCGCAAUGAACCAAUCAGAGAGCGAGCCAUCCAUGGAGUGUUUUUGAAUGACGUCAUUCUACUUGAAAUUCAAAAUCUGAACAGACUAUAGUUUGCUUUGAUGCUUCCCAGCGAUCUUGCUUAAAAGUCGUUUUGGAUCGGGCGCACUUUAAAGCGGUAUCUUCGCUUUUUUCAGGCAUUCCGAAUCUAAUCAGGAGCUUCUUAAGAUCGAAAAAAUGUGGUAAGAGAUACUUUUUUUAAAUCAGUAUAAUUGAAACAGUCGCUUUUGAACGCAGUACUUUGAAAAAAUUUCCUCAAAGUUUGAAACUUCAGAGCCGGCAAGAUCAGCGUGAAAAUCAUUACCCCAUCGGAAUUCAACGAAAGAGGAUGCCAACUUUCGCUGAAAUUCGACGUCCCUAUUGAUGUGAUCUACAAGGAGCUGGUCAAACGCGGUGUGGCGGUCGGUGAUAAUUCUUGAAAUUGAAAUAAAUAUAUUUUAUUAUUGCUGUGUUCAUUUCGAUUCCGCGAAACGCAAAAAGAUCUCUGACUCUCCAAAAUUUAGUGAUCUUUUCCUUUCUCUAACGGGUAUUUUGCAUUUCGCGGAAUCAAAUUGAACACGGCAUAAGAUUUAGUACAGGAAAUAAUGAAACAGAAGGAAAAUAGUGUUACCUGGAACACCGUUUUUUUUUCGCACAACCUCUUGGGAGGUGUUCGGCUCCUUCUUCAAGUGGUCAUUUGAGAAAAACCCCCACUUGAGGGACCACUUUAAAGGAACCGGCAGCUUCGUUUUUUUUUUUUGCGAUGUAUUAUUGAUUUUUGGUCUCGCGUCUGCUAGCUUUUUCGCAAAUCUGAUAUUUUUAAAAAUUUAUCAAACUUUGGAAAAAAAUUUUGAAAGUUUUUCUCUUCUCGUAAACUUGCAAAAUGUUCAAUAACUUGAUUUUCAGGUCGACAAACGCUACCCCGACGUGAUCCGAGUUGCGCCGGUUCACCUCUACAACAACUACGUCGACGUUCGACGAUUCAUCGACGCUCUUCUGAAUUCCUGCGCCUUCGUCGAACAGCAAUCGGCGUGA